AUGGCUGUUGUCAAGGCGCCAAGGGCGCAUCCAACAACGACUGCGCCGCCAAGCUCCUCAGGUCGCGGACGCAGCCUGAGACUUAUUUCCGAAGGAUUCAGCAUCGACAUCGAUGGCAUCGACCACGAAGCCAACACACAUCUCUGGACUCCGAACGAACACCACAUCUUCCGACUUUCAACAGAUCAUACAUCAAUUGAAGCAGUUCACUUUCUACUCUGUUCCACUCGCGAUUUCUGCCACCUGAUAUCUCCAGCAAAGAUGGCUUCCCACAAAUCUCUGCUUCGCGACUCCUUCGACGGUUUUCUCGAGCUCAUCACCACUGUGUUUCUAGACAGCAUCGUAUUCUUUCUGACGCUCGGAUUCUGCAUACUUGCUCCCAGAUUGUUCAUACGGAUCACGAAUCGCUUCGCACGAUGGAAUGUCAGUACCGAAGAUCAAAAAGGAUUUUGGGUGUUUUCGGCAAUCGUUUUGACCGCAGUGCAUUCUCUUCUGACUCUGCUGUUGGCUCUGGACGACGACACUGGUGUCACGCCUAACGCGCCAUCGGUCUUUUGGGCGAUCAUGUGGUCGACUGGUAUCAUAGUGGGCGUGUUAGGCGGUUUCCUGGCGGCGACUGUGGUCGCGCUCUGUGGUAUACAAAUGAUAGGCCUUUGA